UAAGAAUGGAAUCAAAAAUCAAGAAUUACUUGGAAAAUGUUGAUGGAUUCAUGGAUUAUACUCGCAAGAGAACAAGAGCUGCUUCUGAAGAAGUUGAUGACCAUGUUGCUGAAACUAAGAGGCCAAAUGCUAUAGUUUCGAAUUCCUCUAACACCACACAACAUGUUUUCAAUGAUACUCUCAACAAGCUUAUGAUGUUUAGUGAUUAUUGCAUGGACUCCACAAGCAAUACUAAAAAAGAUGGCAAAGGUAAGGAGAUCGUCUCAAGCCCAAGACAGAUUUCGCCGAACCAUAGCCCUAAUCUUCCAAUGCCCGAGUUCGAUAAGACUGGGGCAUAUACUCCCCGAAUUAAGGUGGAGGGUUGGUCCGAGGUCGAACUAGAUGCUUUGUGGAUCGGUGUUCAGAAAUAUGGUGAAGGAAAUUGGAAUGCGAUAUUGGAAGAUUCAUCUCUGCCACUUUUAAGGGAUAAAACUUUAGAAGAGAUGGCUACAAGGUGGAAGGAAGAGACCUCAAAGGUACUUCCAGUAGCGGAACCAUUACCGAUUAACACCAUGUAUUCUAAUGGAACAACAACAAUGCCCUUUCCAGGUCCUGGAAUUGCAUCUCAUGCAUCUGAUUUUAGCUUUCUAAAAUUACUCGCUAACAUGGAAAACGAAAGCCUGAAGAAGAAGAAUAGUGACAUGAAUAUGGGGAGGCAAGAAAUGGUAACCACAAUUGCAAACAGUGAUGAGACUGUAGUUCAGCCUAAGCUUUUACUUUGUGGUCACUUUGAGCUUCCCAUCGUGAGAAAGAAGAAGAGUCCAGCUAAUAAUGACGCAGGGGGUUCCAUGGAGAAUCCUGUUGAGAUAGAUGAAUGAAGAAGGUUGUUAAUUUUCAAUAAAUGUAUGAGCUCUUAAGCUUAA